CCCACCAACAUCCACAUGGAUCAAGUCCAUUUCGCUUUCUGUGAAACCCUAAACCCCUUUUCUCUUUCCCUUUUCCUUUGAGUCCCCACCUUUGAGAUCCGUGCUCUCUCUACCCAGUUGUCAUCUUCGCUAUGGAGCUCCCAAGAUGCUGAAAUUCCUUUACUUUCCGGUAAGAAUCAUCUUCGGUCACACCCUGUUGAGUUUUUGUGCUGAGUAAUGUUCGACCUAUUUAUGCUCAUCCACGUCCGUUCCCAAAUCUGGUUCCGUAAAAGGAAAAAACCGACCAAACCCAUUUCUCAAUUUGCCUCCUAGUUCCCUUUUCUCUGCUUAACGUCUGCAACUCGUAGUUUUUCAUCUCCUUUUAUACUUACAAUUCCUCCCACUUGUACCGAACUCCAAAUCCCCAUUUCAGUUCUUUUGAUUUCCUUUCCCUUUCAUCUACUUCUCUCCUUAUAUGGUUUUAUGUAUAAACCAGAAGUAGUUGGGAUUUUAUAGUGAUGACCUGAGUCGGUUUUUGUAUAGAGGGUUUGAUAGGAUUUGAGCUGGGUUGUGAUUAGUGGGGUGGGGUUGUGCGAAUCAGAUUCGAAAGUGGCGAAAAUGAGUUUGGGGGCGGCCGAGGAUGAUUCGGCAUCGGAGAUUCAUUUGCCCGCAGAUGUGGAUUGGCAUAUGCUUGAUAAAUCCAAGUUCUUUCUCCUUGGUGCGGCUUUGUUUUCUGGUGUGUCAACUGCCCUUUACCCUGUAGUGGUCCUCAAGACAAGGCAGCAAGUUUCCUCUACCCAAGUUUCUUGCUUUAACAUGUCUUUUGCUAUCGUGAGGAAUGAAGGAUUGAGGGGAUUCUAUAGGGGUUUUGGUACUUCUUUGAUGGGUACAAUCCCUGCUCGAGCUCUUUAUAUGGGGGCACUGGAGGUCACCAAGAGUAGUGUGGGCACUGUCACUGUUAGUUUAGGGUUUUCAGAUACUGCAGCGACUGCUAUAGCAAAUGCUGUCGCUGGGAUGAGUUCAGCCAUGGCUGCCCAGGUUGUUUGGACCCCAAUUGAUGUUGUGAGCCAGAGACUCAUGGUUCAAACUAGCAGCAACAACAACGUUAGCAACAGCAGCAGAAAUGUUCCAAACGUGAAUUCUUGUAGAUACAGUAAUGGUCUAGACGCGUUUAGGAAGAUUCUCUAUGCAGAUGGUCUUAGGGGAUUGUACAGGGGAUUUGGGAUCUCAAUAUUGACAUAUGCACCAUCAAAUGCUGUUUGGUGGGCAUCUUACUCUGUGGCAAACCGGCUCAUUUGGGGUGGCUUUGGUUGUUACAUGGGGAAAAAAGAUGAAUCUGAUUCAAUCAGUGGGUAUAGGCCUGAUUCAAAGGCUGUCGUUGCCGUGCAGGGGCUCAGUGCUGCCAUGGCUAGUGGCGUUUCUGCUUUAAUCACCAUGCCACUUGACACCAUCAAGACCCGAUUGCAGGUUCUGGAUGCAGAGGAGAAUGGGAGGACAAAGCCAUCGACAGUUCUGCAGACAAUGAAGAAUUUGGUGAAAGAAGGUGGAUUGGCAGCUUGUUAUAGAGGAUUGGGGCCUAGGUGGGCAUCCAUGUCUAUGUCUGCAACAACCAUGAUCACAACCUAUGAGUUCUUGAAAAGGCUAUCAACUAAGAGCCAAAAGAACCCAGCAUCAUGACUCGAGCAACAAGCAAAGAAGACUGCUUAUUAAUGUAAAAUUUUCUCCCCCUUCAAAAUGCCUGUAGUUUUUGUUAACCUGGCAAGAUGACUGCUUACUAAUGUAAAGUUUUCUGCCUCCUCCCUUAAGAUCAUGGAAAUUACCACAAAUUAAUGUAAACAUGUAUAUUACUAGCAGUAGCAGCUUAUCUUUUCAUCUUUUCUUUGUUUUCCUAGUCGUCUGAAUAUCU